AUAAUAAUUAUAUAAAUUUAUUUAAGUGGUCACUUAUUAUUAUUAUUAUUAUUAAAAUAAAGUUAGGUACAGGAUUAUUUUUGUUGGGCCUGGUAAGAAGAUAUACCGAAUUAAAGUGAGGUUAGAGUUUUAAUAUAAAAAUUACUUCUGACUCACAAAACUAGCUGCACGUAUACUUCUCACGUUUUUCACCUUCCCUGUCUCCCUCUACUCUCUCCUUCCUUAACCCUAUCUCUCACAAAAAUUCAGUCACCACAGCUAACAGACUAUCGCAACAAGUCAACUGCACCAUCCAGCCGCGACCUCCCUUCGCCACAGUCGCCAGACCGCACCACCAACCUCCAGACCGAGCAAGCAAUCAGUCGCGCGCCUCUUCUCUUUCUUUUCCCCAUUUUUGUGAAUGGGUGCCCAGUUCAUAAGAGGGGCGUAAAAACCUCUUUCAAAGUGAUUGUUGUUACUUGUUGUCUUGCAGUUGCAGUCUCCGAGACUUGAUUUCAUCUCUGAAAACACGAACAGUAAUGGACGACAGCGGAAUGGCAAUUGAAAGCCUAAAAUCAACUAAGGAGCUUGCAGCAGAGGGUCAGAAGCGUCUAGAAGAGACAGUUGAUGCGGCGUUUAAGAUCCUAGCUGCAAUGAAUGAUGAACUGUGCAAUCCAUCCUUGUGGUCCACGACUACCUCGUCUGGCAUUAUUCCUGAUGGUAGUACUGCAAAUGCCAUCACUUCUAAUGGGCACAGUGAAGGUUCAAAUGGUGAUCUUUCAUCAGAUUCAGCCCACCACUUCGAUAUGGGUGGUGGUGCCCUUGACCAAGCACGUCUUCGUUUUAAGUCGUCUGUAGCUUCUCUUCGUGCUGUUCUCAAUGCAAUGCCUCAGUACCAAAAGGAAGAUGUGAGUGGUUCCACAUCACAGGAAGAUGAAGCCGAAAUCGGGAAGUUACAGGAGCAAGCUUCUAAUUUGAGAAUGGAUCUUGCAAAUAAGAAUAAACACCUGAAGCAUCUCAUAGAUCAGUUUCGCAAUCUUAUCACCGAUAUAGCAACUUGGCAAAGUCCUUGUUCGAUUGUGAGAUAGCUUUUCUUAAGGCGUUUUAAUUGCGAGCGAGCAACAAAAGCUCCAUUCAAUGUUUAGUUGUGUGCAAUUGGAAAACGCUUCUGCUGUUGCUGUUGAAGACCAAAAGGAGUUCAUCUUCUCGACUUUGGUGUGUAAGCAUUCUCAAAUAUAGAUGUACCCACCAAGCACCAUUCAUCGUGCACGAUGCACCCUUUUUAAUAUAACAUGUUCCUGCUUAUUUUCAUUCUAAGGAAGCCUUACUCUUAGUUCUUGUUAUCAACCAGAGGAAACUGGUCUUUGUACCGAUCAAGUUAAUAUAUACUCUUUUGUGUUUGUAAAUUUGCUACAUUUAUUAAGGUGACGAUUGGUUUCUUGUAAAAAUAGGGAAAAAAUAAAUUGUAUGGAUGAUAGUAAACGGGAGAAUAAAUGUGAACGAGAAUUUAAAGUUAUGGGGAGAACCAUUUUCUAAUAUGGAAAUUAUAGUGGUGUGGUUUAGGAAGCCCCUAGCAAUAGCAUAGUAUCAUUGCUACAUUCUACUGCAUCUGUAAGAAGUCAAACCUGGAUACGUUUGUGUCCUUAGUACCAAACAUACCAGCACUCAUGUCCAAAACCUUAGGGUUUCAAACGCGGAUUUUCAACCUCAAUACCACAACAUCGAAGGGCUAUAACCGUGAGGGUGUUUGUCAAGAAAAAUAAUGUAUCUGAAAGUAUAAAAUAAUAUACAACAUUAAACAUAAAAAAAAUAUAAUAUAUUUUAACGAGUUGGUAAUAAUUUUAAAAUUUGCGCGA